ACCAUACCCAGAGGGUUGUGGGGGUGGCAGCGCAGCCCAGUAGAGUGGGACUCGGCCUAGCAGGGCUCCAUUCAAAUCUCGGCCGCCAGAUCGGUGGGUGGUCUCAGGCCGGCUCGCCUGACGCUGUUGGGAGGGGCAAAUGGAGUCACUUAACACCUCACUUUCUUCCUUCAACGGGACGGCACCUGACCCAUCAGCAACAUGGCGGGGAGCCUUCCUGAUCAUCAUACUGCUCAUCGGGCUGCCGGCCAACGGCUUCAUUAUCUGGCUGACAGGGUGGCGGCUGCGGUGCCGGGGCCUGUCCGUCUUCAUCCUGAGCCUGGCCAGCUCCGACUUCCUCUUCCUCUGCGUCAUGGUCAUGCAGAUCAUGGAGACCCUGCAGGGUGACAACUGGGUGCUGGGUGCCUUCAUGUGCCGCCUGCGCCACUUCCUCUUGGAUUUAAGCUACCACUGCAGCCUCUUCCUGCUGGCUGCCCUCAGCGUGGACCGCUGCCUGCUGGUGCUGCUGCCCCUGUGGUACCACUGCCAUCGCCCCCUGCGGCUCUCCACCUACAUCUGCCUGGGCACCUGGGUGGCGGCUUCCCUGCUCAGCAUCAAAGGCUUUGUCUUCCCCAAACUCGUCCUGACUGAGGACGGGGUGCUCGCCUGUCAGAUCAACCGGGGGAAGUACGAGUGGCCCCUGCGCUUGCUGGAGGUGCUGCUGGAGGGAUUCUUCCCCUUUGUUGUCAUGGUGACCACCCACGCUGUCACCUUGGCCCGCACCUUGCGGCGCCACACCCGGGCCCCCAGCCAGUUCUACCGCAUUGUGGCUGCCACCCUGACCGUCUACGUGCUGCUCAACCUCCCGUUCCAGAUCACCCAGCUGCUCUUCCUGGUCGCCUUGGAGAACCAGGAGCUCUACAGUCGCCUCAUCCCCUUCCUUAUCUACACCGGCUACCUGAUCAACCUCAACACUAGCAUCAACCCCUACAUCUACCUCAUCUUCGGCUCCAACCUCUGCACAAGCUGCAGCCACCCCAAGACCUCCACCCUUGCCUCAGCCCUCACAGAGGAGCUGGGGAAGAGCCCGGGACACACGCCUGAAGUGUCUUUCCCUGCCUAGACCUGCCCACUUUACUCUCCCUGCAUGGCCCAACCCUUGCUCUUGCACAGCUCCAGCCACCAACCGAGGGGUUGCUGGCUCCCCUGACGGGCUCUGGCUUCAUGGAGGGGGAAUGUGCACAAUACAAGUUCACUAGUGCAAGGCCUUGUGUAAAUAGGUGCAAGAUGUGAGCUACCAGGGAAGUCAGACCAGUGCCAGGGCCCUGUUUGCCCAGCCUAGUCAGGCUCCUGUGGGGACAGGUUCUCAGUAGGUGCAAACCGGCCCAGUUCCCUGCAGAUCGGGGCCUGUGAAGCUCCCAGAACAUCUGGCCCUAGGCAGGGCAAUACAAACACUGCCAUGGCUGCAGCUGCCAACCCCCAGGGCCAGCAGACACUGCGGCAAAGGCCUGCUGCCCCUUUGGGCCUUUCUGGGUUCGGCAAUCCUGACGUUAGUGGUGGCUCCAAGGUCAUGGUGCUUUAAUGCAGUGGCCUUCUGCUCACAACUGCCAGAGACCCAGCAUUGAGGGUACCUCUGCCCCCCUAGCUUUGCCUCCUUGGGCGCCUGCAGUCUGACCAUCCUGACCUACAGAAAGCAGGCCCGGACUCCUCUUAGGACACGAGGUUGGGACACAGAAGCUGCAGGAACACCCAAGGGGGGGUAAGAAUUGAGGCCAUGGGGCUGUCCUGGGGAUCCCCUUCUCCCCACACACACCAGGGGACAGGUACAGCUCACUCUAUCAUUCCAUGGGUGCAGGACACCCCAAAGAGAACCAAGCCCCCUGGCUUUAAUUCUGAUCCCUUGGGCAUGUGGUUCUUUAAUUCUGACCUCUUCCACCCCUCCCCGUCAGUUGCUCCCAGCAAGAUGUCCAGUGGCUGCCCACCAGCACCUCCUGCGAGGGACUCAGAGCCACCUGUGCCCCUCCCCACUCCCCCGAGCAGGAGUGGAGUAAGAGCGGUGCCCUAGAGAUGCACAGAGCUCCUGUCAGCCCAACUCCUACCUUCAGACAGGGGCAUGUCUCGGGGCUACCUGGCAAAAGGGGACCCUUCAGAUCCAGAACCCAGUGAGCCUGGAUCUGCUUGGUGCCUCCAUCAGGAUAAGACAAGAGCUGUGAAUUUAUUCAUUCUGGGGGUACAGGGCCAGGGCCCCCUUGUCCCACACAGGCACCUGGGAGGAGAAAUUAAACCCAACAGGAGCCUCCAGCUAAAAGCACAGGCCUCUGCAGCUGAGCUAAUGCCUCUUCCCCUCUGUUAGCAACAGGCCCAAGCAAGCUUGUAGCUAUGGCCCAGGUCACCCAGCAGGGGCAGAGUGCCAUGCAGAACCCGCCUGGGUCAUCACAUUUCCCCCUCCUGCUUGGGCCCCAUUGCCCCCCCUCAUCCUCCAGCCCUCCC